UAUAAAAGCAAGAGCUACUCGGUUAAUUGUCAUUCAGUUUUGUACAAACAAAGAACCCACCAUGAACGCCUCUUGCUACUUGUGUAUCAUCCUGGGCCUGAUCCUCCACCUGGCCAUGUCCAGCAGCAGCGGCAGCACAACCGAGGGAGCUCAGACCUGUAAGAAGAACGUUCAGAGUAGCUGUACUUCCACGACCAGAUCAUGUGGACGCCUUGGAAGGGCGAAUCUGUGUCAAGCCUUUAAGAAUGACUGCCAACGCAGGAUAUCCAACUGCAACAACAAUGGCAUUACCGCAUUCCAUCGCAAGGUCAACGACAGUCUCUGCAAGAACAUGCCAUUGGAUAAGAAGCUUCCCUGCGGUAGUGGCGCCAACGCCAUAAAGGCCAAUGCUAGUCAACAACAAACAUCCACCUCUGGCGGAACAAAAAUUAUACAAGAAUCUGGCUAA